AGGCGGCGAUAUCGAGCGGGGGAAUUUUCGCAGAGCGAGGUGUCCCGCGGACGCGGCGAGUGCCGGUGUGGUCGCCGUCGCACGCAGGACCCGUCUGCGGGGAUACAAAACAUUUCUCGCGCGCGUCCUGGGAACACGUUAACCGCGCGUGCCGUGCGUUCGUCGAGCGCGCCGCGAUCGUCCAGGGUGUCCUCCGGUAUGCUCAGCGGAGCGAACGCCAUAUUAUGAGCCGGGCACCUUUCCGGGAGAGUCACCUGAGCGAACUCGCGUUCCCUCGGCGCUCGCACGAUCGCUCGUUGCUUUCCGCGGGCGUCCUUCGGCCUCGGCACGGAUGCGGAUGCGUGCCGUUAGCGCGAGCGAAUGUAACGGGGUUCCGCGAUUAAGAUCGCGAUCCGUCAUCGACCGUCCAUUGCGCGGCGGCUGGGCGACGCGCUGUCAAAAGUUGGUUUAAUCCUGCCUGGAACUGGAAGAGAGAGAGAGAGAGAGUGUGUGUGUGGUUAGGCCUCAAAGUAUACAUACACAUACGGUACACGUAUUUUGCGCAAGCACGCUCAUAAUGUUGAAUGCGAGUCCCGCGGAGGCACGCAGGUUCGAGCCCACGCAGGUAUUGCUCAGCAUAAGGAAGCGCCGAUAAGGUCAGGCAAGAUUGAGGGGAGCAGGGAGGCGCGGCAAUUAUGUAAAAGCGUCAACGGGAGCGUCAACAUGUCGAGUCGCGGGCUCGCCGGGUGGCGGGAAGCGCGUGGUGCACUGUGACCGGUGUCCCGUAACGUCGGCGUGUACGUGAUGACCUGCGUCUCGAUGUCGCGCACCGUCGGGCACCCUGCAGUACGGAACGUCGAAUCUUGCGCUCAGUACCGCGGUUGUUGACGCGCGACAGGGAUCUCAGAUGCCGAUGAUCAUGGCGCAGGAGAGCGAGAAGUAUCCGCUUCACAGAUGUAUAUUUCAAGGGGACGUGAAGACGCUCAACAUCUUGAUCAGGACCCACGACAUUACCGAGAAGGAUAAACAAGGAAAUACACCUUUGCAUUUAGCUGUGAUGUUAGGAAGAAAAGAAUGUGUUCUAUUACUGCUUGCGCACGGGGCACCUGUAAAGGUGAAGAACCUAGCUGGUUGGAGUCCACUGGCCGAAGCAAUCAGUUACGGAGAUAGACAAACCAUAUCAUCUUUAGUACGUAAAUUGAAGCAGCAAGCGAGAGAGCAAAUGGAAGAAAGGAGGCCGAAUUUAGUUGCUGCGCUGCAUCAAAUGGGCGAUUUUUAUAUGGAAUUAAAAUGGGACUUUCAGAGUUGGGUACCGCUAGUUUCGAGAGUGUUGCCGUCAGAUAUAUGUAAGAUCCAUAAAAGCGGAGCUUCAAUUAGGAUGGACACGACUCUCGUAGAUUUUAACGACAUGAGGUGGGAGAGGGGUGACAUAUCUUUCAUCUUCAAUGGUGACCAAAAGCCUAGCCAUUCACUGACUGUCCUCGACAAUAAAGCCAAACUUUUCCAAAGAGUGAGAUAUGAGGAAACGGAGCUUGAGAUAGAGGAUGAAGUUGAUAUUCUUAUGUCUAGUGAUAUUAUGGCAGCACAAAUGUCUACCAAAAGUAUCACAUUUUCUAGAGCACAGACAGGAUGGAUUUUUAGAGAAGAUAAGAGAGAAAUGGUAGGUGCUUUUCACGCUGAUUUUUAUCAAAUCAACGGCAUGGUAUUGGAAAGUAGAAAGCGUCGUGAGCAUUUAAGUGAGGAAGAUCUUCAAAAAAAUAAAGCUAUUAUGGAAUCCCUUACUAAAGGCAGCUCUCAAGGAUUUAAAAAUGGCGAGCCUCCUAUGAGAAGAGCAUCAUUGAAUCCACCACCAGAAUCGAAUAUAACGUGGGACGAGUACGUCGUUGCUCCGUCUGGUCAAUGCCCGCUUCUAGGAAGAAAUCUCGUUUACAAGGAAAGUAGUAAAUCUUUCAAAGCUACUGUGGCAAUGAGUCCAGAUUUUCCCCUCACCGUUGACAUGCUACUCAAUGUAUUGGAAGUUAUCACGCCAUUUAAACAUCUAAGCAAAUUACGCCAAUUCGUACUUAUGAAGUUGCCACCUGGAUUCCCAGUUAAGAUCGACAUACCGAUUCUGCCUACAGUCACUGCUAAAAUAACAUUUCAAGAGUUUGCCUUCCGAAACGACAUAGAUCCAGAAUUGUUUCAAGUGCCAUCAGACUACUUUGAAGACCCAAUGAGAGGUUACGAUUUCCAGACUUAUGACGCUUCGACAUCCUAAUAUUAAUCAAGAUCCAGCCUAGUCGGGGUCUGUUUUCUUCUAUGCUAGGGGGACAAUCUGGCUUUCGUGAUUUUAGCCAGUCUGGAAAGCAUCUACGCGAGUCCUUAUGUUGUUCAUUGAAUAACUUAUUGUCAUAAUUUGAUCACAACUAACAGCGAAUAGUGUCGAAUAUUUAUGGGAUUUUCAAUAAGGAAGUAAAGCUACAGAAGACAAAUCUGUACUGAAAUCAGAGAAACUUGCAUAAUAUUUAAUACCUAACUCAAUCACGUUUGUCUACUUGAUUUGCGGCGCAUAUUAAUGUUUAUAGAAAUAAAGAUCAUUCGUAUGUCGUGUUGCACUCGAAAAAGUAUAUACUAUGUACGAAGAGUGAUGUAAUCUGCUGAAUUUUCAAAACACCGCGUUCGGAUUUCUCACCGUUUAACUGUGUUUGAGAAUUAAAUGAAUAAUUUCUCACACCAAGAAGUCUUUCUUAAACUCGUGUUGGAUCACGCAUCGGAGAUUAAGAAUCGCAUAUUGGAGAUUAGAGUUCAACCGAUCGGAGAAAGCGAACUAAGAUUAAGUUAUCUGUUGGUAAAAGUUUAAUCUUCUAUUCUUAACCCUCGAUUUUCGAUGUCUGCUCUGAUACGGGCUUUACGAUUCUCGAUCUGUCACUGCAAUCAUAUUGGAUUAUCGCAAAUUAGAUUAGGACGAUUGUUAUACACGAUUUUGUGUCUGCGAUAUACGUAAAUGCUUGUUAGCAGUGACAGAUGGAAAAACAACUUUGAUAAAUUUAAUAUAUUUCUUUUUGUUUUUAUUAAGUCGUGAUCCAGUAUGAUUGCAGCGAUUAGCCAAAAGGCUUAAUAAUCAAGCAGAGUAGACUAGACGAAUAUUGCUAUAUUUGUAUUCUACACUUUUCGCGAAUUACCUACUUACUCUAAUCAGCGAAGAUAACUGUUCAUAUUUAUUUCUUCGCUACUCUCACGAGCAAUAUGUAUUUUUACUAUCGGAAUUUCGUAAAUACUAUAGCAUUCAAUUGGUCAUGUAAAAGAAUAUUAGACUUAAAUAUAUUCUUCAGUAUUAUCGAUUUACAAUUAUGUAGUUUAUACUAUAAUGAUUGUAAUGCUUUUCUUUCUUUUUUUUAGUACAAAACAACGUUUUUAACGGCUUUUUAACCUUGCAUGAGUCAACGCAUAAAGUCAUCUUUAAAUAUAACUAUUCGUACUCAUACCGCAUUCAGUAUUAACUAUCGUUUACGUAAUUCUAAAUGUAACUACACGAAGUAUCUCACGAUUAUAUCUACAAAGCUCUUUCUUUUGAUGAAAAUUUUAUCGCAUGUCAUUCUUACCGUAGUUUUUUAACGUUUUUAAUAUAAACACCUUGGUAUACUUGGGUAUUAUACUAUAUUAAAAUACUACGGGAAUAAGUAAUUUAAGUGUUCAUUACAAAAUGCACGUGCAUUUCCCAUAUAUCCUAAUAAGCGCCUUAACUCAUAUACCUCGGGCAUUAAUGACCCCGGGGUGCAUAAUUGCGUUAUGCCUAAGCGAGAUACGUUAUUACUUGAAGAAUGCGAAAGUAUGAGUGCGGAUUAAUUUUCCUCCUCGCUACCAAGUGACCCUCCCGAACAAUCACGACGAGACCUAGCUCGAUCAUGUUUUUGCGAUGUUAUGGAUUUUUCAAUGAAUAAUAGACAGAUUUCGAAUGAACGAGUGGAGUUUCCUUGCCCAUUAUUUAGUUGUAUCAAUUAUUAUUUCUAUUACGUUUUGUUCUCAGUUGAUUGUACAAUAAAAAAAAACGCAAACAUCAA